GCCAGACUAUCAUCGAGAAUCGGAAAGGGGUCUGAUCACACUCCACAGCAGCGCAUUUGUCUCCUCUCCAGCCUUGGCUCCAUAUUUUCAAAAAAGCUUUCUCUCACCUCUCUGAUUGUGUGUCUCUCUUCUUGCAGAAGGGGAGAAGCAGAGAAGGAGAAGAAUACCAAAACCUAAACCCCCAAAACCUCUCCUGAACCCUUUGGUUACCUUGCCAAGACGGUCCCUUGCUUUUCUUCCCGUCCUUGUCUUCGUUCUCCAUUCCAAAACCCCAUUUCGCACUGCGAACUAAACCCUAGCAGCAGCCGCCAAAAGCAAAAAAGAUUUGCGAAAAGACCCAUAUUUCUUCCAUCAAUCGGCACCCGUUAGCAUCGCUAGUCUAUCUCUCAGCUUCUAUCUGUUCACUGGUUAGAGGGAGAAGCAAGAUUAAACACCAAAGCCCCACAAUGCCAACUCCGAAACCCAUCUCGGUCUACAUCUGUAACAUCAUCUUCUUGUUGAUUUUGAGAAAUGCGGGUCUUGCGAAGUGCAAAUCAACAAUCGAGCCCUGCUCCUUCUCAGACUCCUGCAACGCCAUGUUGGGCUACACUCUCUACACCGACCUCAAGGUCGCUGAGGUUGCCGCCCUCUUCGCAAUCGACCCCAUUGCGCUCCUCACCGCCAACGCCAUCGACAUCUCCUACCCGGACGUCGAGAAUCACAUCCUCCCUUCGCAGCUCUUCCUUAAAAUCCCCAUCACCUGCUCCUGCGCUGACGGCAUUCGCAAGUCCGUCAUCACAUACAAGACCCGCCCCUCCGACACCCUCUCCGCCAUCGCCGGUUCCUUUUACGGUGGACUCGUUUCCGCCGAUCAGAUUCAAGACGCCAAUUCGUUACCGGACGAUCCAGUUCUCGAGUCCGGGCAGACCCUCACCGUCCCUCUCACCUGCACUUGCUUCAAUUCGACGGAUAAUUCGUUGCCCGCCAUCUAUUUGUCAUAUGUCGUGAAGCCGGGUGAUUCAUUGAAUGGGACCGGUGGGAUUGCGGCCAGGUAUUCGACCACUCUCACGGAUAUUAUGAAUGUUAAUGCAAUGGGGAAUCCGUCGAUUGCUGCUGGAGAUAUACUUGCCAUUCCGCUGCCUGCUUGUGCAUCCAAUUUUACGAAAUACGCCUCCGAUAAUGGCUUGCUUGUGGCAACUGGAAGCUAUUCCAUUACUGCAGGACACUGCGUGCAAUGCAGUUGUGGGCCUGGGAAUCUCAAUUUGUACUGCGCGCCAUCUCCGUUGGCUGUUUCUUGUUCGAGCAUGCAAUGCAGAAACAGUAAGCUCAUGCUUGGGAAUGUUACAGCACAACAGAGCAGUGCUGGUUGCAAUGUUAAUUCUUGUAGUUAUGAUGGCACUGUCAAUGGGACUAUUUGGACGACGUUGUCCACAUCUCUUCAGCCUCGGUGCCCAGGGUCACAGCAAUUUAUUCCACUUGUAGCACCACCUACUACAGUUAAUAGGGGUUCUAUAUUUGCUCCAUCACCUUCGCCAUCUCAAUCAAGUGCUGUUCCUGCUGCAAUGACCCCCAAGUCUUCGGUCACGUCUUCACCUGGGUCAAUUCCAGGAUUUACCCCAGCAAAUGGUCCUAUGGGAAGUGCAUCUGAUGCUUGCAUCUUGACGAACGCAUUAGCUAGUUUUCCAACUGUUAUUGUUUUAUGUUUAUUUAUCAAGUUCAUGGUGCCAUUUUUGUUGUAAUUUUGCUCAUCUGCUGUCCGUCCGGGUGGCAUGUUUAUUCCUCAUGGUUUUGUAUUUAACUUUUUUAAUUUAUUUCUAUUAGUGGUCUGAUUUCUGGAUGCUGCAUUGAGGGGUUUUGUGGUGAUUGCUUUUUGGCAUCUUCGAGCAUUCGCCCAUUUGUAAUCUAUAUAUUAUCAUAGCCAUUUCUGGAGCUUUAAGAAA